AUGGGCUCCAUCACACCUCAUGCAGCAUAUAGCCUCAACAACCCCUUCCGGACCAGGAUUCUAAAUGGUCAAAUCACACCGUUAAUGUCUAUCAAGUUCGUCACGGGUAAUGAAAUCCCCAUGAUGUGCAAGAUGGCCGGUGUUCAUGCAAUGUUCAUUGACAUGGAACAUUCCGCCCUCGACAUGCGCACUGUCGCCCAACUUAUUCUCGCUUGCAAUUACGCCGGUGUCUCGCCCGUUGUCCGUUCACCCUCUAAGUCACACUGGCACAUCGAGUCUGUCCAGGAAGUCAGGGACAUUGUGAAGCACGCCAAGUUUGCCCCUCUGGGGACACGCGGAUGCACCAACAAUCAGGCCGUGAUGAACUUCCAGCAUGUACCGACACUCGUACAGAAUGAGAUUCUAAACGAGCAGACCAUGUUGAUCCCGAUGAUUGAGACUCCAGCAGCAGUGGAGAUUGCCGACGAGAUUUUCGCAGUUGAAGGAGUCGAUGGUGUUUUGGUCGGCUCUAACGAUCUGUGUACCGAUCUGGGAAUUCCCGGAAAGUAUGACAGUGACUUGUAUCAAGAUGCUGUGACCAAGGUGAUCCAAGCAGCUAACCGAGCUGGCAAGCCUGUUGGUAUCGGGGGUAUCGGUGGGCGACUAGACAUUCUCGAGAAGUGGUUCAAGAUGGGAGCCACAUGGUCAUUGAGUGGCCAGGAUGCGUCUAUGCUGCAAGCGGGCCUGAAGCAGAUGAGCAAGAACUACACUGAAAUCAGUGAGCGUUUACAGAAGGAGCCCUAG